AUGGACGAAAUUAAUGCAACACUUCCCAAACCAAAAGAUCUUGGAAAACAACACAAAAAGCACCGUACAGUUUCAAAUGAACACGAUCGAAGAAGACCUCACCGAUUUGUGCCCAAUCAGAAAAAACAAGGAGGAGGUAAAUUCAAUUACGGCAAACCAGGCGAUGAAACGAUGGUUUACGUGAACACUGAAGAUGGUGUCUUGAAUAAGGAAUUGAUUGAACAUGAUGCUAGCGUGUUGGAACACCUUCAUGGAGCUUCGACAGUGGUGGUUGCGAGUAGGACUGAAGAAGAGGAAGAAGGAGGAGAGGAAGGUGAAGGUUACGAAGAAGGAGAAUAUGAUGAAGGAGAAUGGGAAGAAGGUGAAGAUUAUGAGGAGACUGAAGAGUAA